ACAGGAUCCUGAGACCACACCCCAUUUCCCACAUCCCGCGCUAGAGGCAGAUUAUUGCAGAAUCUGAGCCUAGAAAAGAAACUCAUUUUCCAGCCCCGUCCGCCCUUGCCUAGCUAGGUGGAAGGUAAGGCGAGGUUCUCGCCGGGCUUUCCCGCCUCACCUUUCCGGCCCGUCUCCCGGGGGUCCUCCGCCCCGGCCAUGGCCCAGAAGCCGAAGGUGGACCCCCACGUCGGGCGGCUGGGAUACCUGCAGGCGCUGGUCACAGAAUUCCAGGAGACGCAGAGCCAAGACGCCAAGGAGCAGGUUCUCGCCAACCUUGCCAACUUCGCCUAUGACCCCAGCAACUACCAGUAUCUGCGGCAGCUGCAGGUCGUGGAUUUAUUCCUCGAUUCACUGUCGGAGGAGAACGAGACCCUCGUGGAGUUUGCUAUUGGCGGCCUCUGCAACCUGUGCUCCGACAGGGCCAACAAGGAGCACAUCCUGCAGGCUGGAGGCAUCCCGCUCGUCACCAACUGCCUGUCCAGUUCCAACGAGGAGACCGUGUUGUCCGCUGUCACCACACUCAUGUACCUGAGCUCGCCAGGCCCCAGCUGCCACCCUGAGCUGACCGCCAUGCCCGUGGUACAGUGCAUGCUGCGCUUCUCUCUCUCAGCCAACACCAGACUCCGGAACCUGGCCCAGAUCUUCCUGGAGGACGUCUGCUCCCCAAGCCAAGUGGCCGAAGCCCGCGGCAGGCAGGCUCACUCUGCCCUGGGCAUCCCACUGCCACGAACUGCAGCCCCGCAGCAGCCCUGA